UCACGAUUAACUAUUUUAAUCGCUUGACAGCUCUAGUAAAUAUACAUACAGAAUAUCUAAACAAAUAUAUAAUGGAGAUUCAGAAACACAUUUUGUGCAAUAAAUAUGUAUAUAACCAUUUUUAUAAAGAACAGCAUGAGGGGUUGGAGAUGUCCAAUAAUGAUUGUUUGUCAGUACGACUCAAGCUAUGGAGACAUCGUGUCUGUUCUUACUUGAGGGAACAUGAGGGUUGUACCACUCAGAGCGUGGAGGUUGCAGAGCAGGCGGGAGGGACGAAGAGGGAAAGCAACAGCACACCAUCAGACGAGGACUACUUGGUACACGACUGCUGAGAACUCUUUGGUCUCGCUGAAAGGUGAAGCAGAAGGCAUGAACCAGUCUAGAGAGUUCAGCUUUGUGUUUUCCUGCAAUGUCAGCCCAAGUACCGAACUCGACAUCGGAGUCACCCAGAGUGAGCCAUUGGCCGUUGCUGUUCCCAUGACGAUAUUCUACAGUACCAUCUUCUUGCUCGGAGUGUUCUUCAACGGUUUGAGCCUACUGACUCUGGUUGCGGACGCUCAUAUGAGGACCAGUGCUAUCCGUCUCUAUCUCAUCAGCCUGGUCUUGUCUGACAUCCUCCAGUUGCUGACGGUGCCGGUGACGGUGUAUCGCUACUACUGGGAGAGCUACCCCUGGAGGCUGGGCCACGUCCUCUGCAAGGCCUACUUCAUGAUGCGGCAGAUGUACUGCGCCAGCACCAGCUGGGUCAUCACGGCCUUCACCGCGGAGCGCUACGCCGCUAUCUGCCACACCAUGUGGUCCGUGUCCAGCCUCAAGCAGUACCGCCGGCCGUGUCUGCUGUGGGUGUGGAUCAUCUCCCUGCUGUCGGCCGUGCCCUUCGCCCUGGUGUACGGCCAGGCUCGCGUCUGCAUCCUCAACUACACAGCUGCCACGCCCGAGGACGCCCUGCACGUCUCCACCAUGUGUGAGAUGAGGGAGCCCGACCCCGCCCACAUCUACAAGGGAGCCCUGCUACUCAGAGCCAGCCUCUUCUUCCUGGUUCCGCUGGUGGUGAUCUCCACCCUGUACCUGCUGAUCCUGCUUCACCUGAGGAGGAACAGCCGUCAGAGGAAGACCCUGGGCCUCACCCAGACCGACCGGGAGGCCAGCAGAGGCGUGCAGUGUCAUAAGAACGGAAAGUUACUCUCCAAUGAGAAGAGGGCUCUAAGGCUCAUGGGCGCUGUGUUGGUGGCGUUCUUCGUCUGUAACUUCCCGGACAUGGCGUCGUCGCUCAUGCAGGUGUACGUGGAGGUGUGGUCGGACCGGGUCCUCUCCGUCUACACGGUGCUCAAGUCCUACCUGGCGCUGCCGCUGUGGUACAUCAACAGCGCCCUGGACCCGCUGCUCUUCUGCAUCUCCUCCUGCACCUUCCGCCGGGCCUGCCUGCGGACGCUGCGCCGCCUGCGCCCCCGCUGCCACCGCCCCCCCGCCCGGGGCCGGGGGGGCGGGGGCAGCAGGGCCGGCCUGGGGCAGAGGAGCUCAAGCGGGGGGGCCGGGAGCGCCACGGGCCGAGAGAGGAGCGAGGGUGUGUGUUCUGGAGAGAGGCAGCUCAGCGCGGGCUACGGGGCCCACGCACGUCGAGGCCCUGGGGAGGGGGGGGCGGAGGAGGUGAUGCUGUGAGGAGGUGGGGUCGUCGUCGUCCCCCCCAGCUGAUGAGGUGCCCCCCCCCCCCAGCUGAGGGUCUGAUGCUGUGAGGAGAUGGGGUCCCCCCCCCCAGCUGAGGGGGGGAUGCUGUGAGGAGGUGGGGUCCCCCCCCCAGCUGAGGGGGUGAUGCUUUGAGGAGAUGCCCCCCCCCCCCUAGCUGGUGUUGUAGUUUGCUGCUGAAGGCCUGGCUGGUUGCCCCCCCCCCCCCCUCCUGGUGUUG